GCGCCUGAGCGCGGGCGCGCGGGCGCGGGAGGGGGCAGGCGAGAGCGGCGGCAGGAGGAGCAGCCGCGGGGCUGCAAAGCCACAGCGAGCUGCGGGAGCCCGGCGAGCGCGGCAGCGGCGGCAGCAGCAGGGAUAUAAGCCACCCCGAGCCGCCCGCCCGCCCGGGAAAUACAGCCAGGAGCAGCCACCCGGCGAGAGGCGCUGGGAGAGCAACAAGCAAGCGCCCACCUCGCCGGGAGCCUUCCCCCCCCCCCAGCACCGACGCUCGAGCUCGAUUUGGCAUCCGCUUGUUUUUUCUCUUCGCACCCCUCCUCCCCCUAGGGGGUUCUCCCUUUUCCUGCCAGACUGACUCGCACCCUCUCGAUAGUUUACCCCCCCCUUCGUUUUUUUUCUACUCUUCUCCCUGCUUCCAAACCCUGUGUCUGUGUGUUUUAAUAACAUCACAACCUCUGCUUAAAACCAACCAACCAACCAACCAAAACCCUUCCUCCUCUGACCCCAUCCAACACCCCUUGUUCAGGUCAGAUUUUCUUCAGACUGAGAAGGAGUUGUAGCGCAUGAGGAUCUGAUACAGUAGAACAUAGUCAAUUACAGCUUUAAAAGAUUUCUGCCUUAACUGAGAUCAAGCGUAGUUACUGCAAGGAAGGACUGACAGCAGUUUCUUAAACACCACUGGGUCUUCUUACAAGUUGACUAAGUGGAAAAACUAAGAAACUGCUUUCAAGCAUUGAAGAUACCAGGCCAGGAUGAACACGAAGGACACAAAAGUGACUGAAGGAGGUCUCAAUGUCACACUUACCAUACGCCUUCUCAUGCACGGCAAGGAGGUUGGGAGCAUUAUUGGAAAGAAAGGGGAAACAGUUAAGAAAAUGAGGGAGGAGAGUGGUGCUCGAAUCAAUAUUUCAGAAGGUUCCUGUCCAGAAAGAAUUGUGACAAUAACUGGCCCAACAGAUGCAAUUUUUAAGGCUUUUUCUAUGAUUGCAUUAAAAUUUGAAGAGGACAUAAAUGCUUCAAUGACAAACAGCACGGUGACAAGCAAACCACCUGUGACACUGCGACUUGUAGUCCCUGCAAGUCAGUGUGGAUCCCUCAUAGGAAAAGGGGGCUCCAAAAUCAAAGAAAUCAGGGAGUCCACAGGGGCCCAGGUACAAGUAGCAGGGGAUAUGUUGCCAAAUUCAACAGAACGUGCUGUAACUAUAUCAGGCACUCCAGAUGCCAUUAUUCAGUGUGUAAAACAAAUCUGUGUGGUCAUGCUAGAGUCCCCACCCAAAGGUGCCACCAUUCCCUACCGUCCCAAACCUGCCUCUGCACCUAUCAUUUUUGCAGGUGGCCAGGUAAGAGCAGACACCAUUUUGGCUUCAGCUGGAAACCACACCGUCUUGGCCCAACCUCAGCCAGCGCCUGCGUUUACAAUUCAGGGGCAGUAUGCCAUCCCUCAUCCAGACUUGACCAAGCUUCACCAGUUGGCUAUGCAGCAUCCCCCCUUUACUCCCCUUGGGCAGACCACCCCUGGUUUCCCUGGAUUGGAUGCCACUACUCCAACCAGUUCCCAUGAGCUUACUAUUCCAAAUGAUUUAAUAGGUUGCAUUAUUGGCAGACAAGGCAGUAAGAUAAAUGAAAUCAGGCAGAUGUCAGGAGCGCAGAUCAAGAUUGCUAAUGCCACAGAAGGCUCGGCAGAACGACAAGUUACAAUCACAGGCUCCCCGGCAAACAUCAGUUUAGCACAGUACCUCAUUAAUGCAAGGAUAUGUUCUUCUCUUGGUGUUCAGGGAUUCCCCACACAUCGAGAUGAGAAUAGACCCCUUCACUUUUAGUUGCACAAACACCAUAUGGCAUGCACCUGGAUUGCAGAAGAUAACAAUUUAAGAUCUUCAAGACAGCUAAAGCAUGCAAAUAAAAUAAUGCAAGUUAUUAAUGGAGUUGCAGUGAGCUGCUCACCAGAGACAGAAACUCUAGUGAACAAACCUCUCUUUGACUCACUUAGAAAAGCCUGUGAACUGUCACAGCUCUGAUUAUUGCUAAUGGUUCUUUUCAUGGAAUGGGACAUUUAAGAGGUCUUUUAACACACUUUUGCAAUGAAGAAAACUGCUGAGAAAUCAUAUUCCAUGGAUACUAUAUACCCUGUGAAACCAGAAACAAAGUAGUACCUUUUUCUUGUUGAAUUUCUAGGUAGAAAGCAUUUGUUAUCAUCAGAUACAAUAAACCAUUAUAUAUUAUGUACCAUAUGUUGAAAAUGUAUUUAGGUAAAAUGACUUCAUUUGUGAAUGAAGAAUCUUAAAACAAUGUAUAAUAAAUUAAGCUCUCAAGUAUCCUAGGUAAUUAAGGUGGCCUUUUCAUUUUAAAAAGCUAUGUUAUGUGACCAAUUUUUUGCUAAAAGAUAUAAUGAGGAGAGAGGAAUUCUGUUAACUUAGGUGCCAACACAGCAACAGAACUAGUUGUCAGUCAAGGAUUGAAUGGGCUGUGGAAAUUGAAUAACUUCAGUCCAACAAGCGGUGUCCCCAACCUGUGGCUUACACAGGUUGGCAAGGCUAUGGGAGGGAAAUAUAGAGUGCCACAGCCCAUGCAGGUCUUCUUCUGUGGGUAAAUGGGGCCAGCUUCAAGGGCUGUAAAUCCAAAAUUUUAUACAAGUCUUAUGUGCACUUUCUUUUUUAAUUUUUUUAUUUAUUUAUAAUUUUUUAUUAAACAUAAAAAGCAGAUGUGAAAUAAAUUGUUAUUAGAGAGAGUUCAGUACAAUAUCAAAGUACUAAAUUCACCAAGAUACCCACUGGUAUGCCAAAAUAGUCAAUGUCCACCGAGACCAGAGGCCACCAAGUUUUCCCAUCAUUCCUGGAUCUACCUUUUCUUUCUGUUCAAUGAGUUACUUCUGAUACUGACAUCACUCUGCAGACCAGUCAGCUCUGACUCAUGCUGUAAUGUCAUUCCCAUUGGUUUGGUUUCCAGGGGCAUUACUUCUAGGAAUUACAAUACAUAAUUCCAGGUUUGACAGUAGCAUGCGUUUUAAAAGAAUACCAGUUAUUUGAAAUAUCUGAACUAUUUCUAGCCAGUUUUGUCUUCUUUAAAAUCAUUUAUCAGACAAUUUUAAAUAAAGAUUCUUUUGUUGCAGUAUCUUGUUGAAUAUGUACAUGAGAAUAUAUAAACUAGAUUAAAUUUAAGGCAGCAAGGUCUAUUAGGACAGAGAUUUAACCUUAUUUUUGUUUCUGUAUGGAUAUAGCCAACUGUUGAUAUUUGUACCCCUGAAAUAUGCCCCAUCUUAGUUAUGUGCAUUAGGAAUGCUUUAUUUCCUGUAUAUCUCUUGUCUCUUAACUGGUCUCCAGCCUGAACCAUGUAACCACAGGACUUGGGAAAUAAGGUUCCAUUGUAAUAAUUGGAUCCUUGUUACCAAAUUAUUAUCUUAAAAUUCUUACCAAAAAUGAAGUGAACCACAAUUUAAGUUUAAACUGUAUGAUAUAUGACUUCUUCUUUGGGUUAUAAAUGGAUUUUAGCCAACGGUGCUUUCUUAUUCUUGUUAAAGAAUAGCUUUUUGAAGAUAUUUUUACUUCCAUUUUGAUAACCUUCUGAUUAGUUCAAGGGUAAUUAAUAAGGGCCCACCCCUAUAUUCCUUACCUACACAAGGAAUCCACUGAUUCCAUGGAACACACGAUGUGGCCGUCAGUGUAUUUAUUCAUAAAAUGAAGCUCUUCUCUGAAAAGUGACUUUGUAAAACUGGCAUCAUAGAGUUCCAGGUGUGUCACGCAUCAUUGGCUUCCAAAUUAAAUUUGGUCUGUUUACAUGUAAAUAGUUGAUUUGGGUAACUGCAGACUUAACAAGGCCUCUGAAAGCCAAGUUGGAUUCCUUCUAUUUUAUGCAUCAUUACCACCACCGCUAGAAAUAAAGAUCUGGUAAGGCAGGCCAAAUUAGACCCUUAGUUAUGCCUGUGCAGUGCAGUACGUCAUUUGGAGAUAAUGAGGUUACACAGAUGUAACUGAGGCCAUGAUUUUGGUCUGCAGAAUAUUUGCCAUCUGUGAUGAUACAUGAGAAGGUAUUUUUGGCCCCCGGGCUGAACUUUUAGCAUUAGCAGCUAGAAAAAUCCCAUCUCAUUACUUGCCAACUGAGCCAGUUCAAUGUGGAGUCACUAUGCGAUGAUAAACAAUGAAUCCCCACAAUGUCAUUUUUACAGACCCUUCUCGGAGUAAAACUGAGCGUAAACAUAAAAUUCAAUUAUAUACAGAUUAUUUUACAAAACAUGCUGCUCCUGCUCACCAACCUGAGAAGGCACCAUGUAGUUGGCUCCAAAUUUCAGGGUCAGGUAACAGGCAUUUUUAAUGUAAAUUAUAUCGUUUAACAUUCCAGAUGGCGUGGUUUGCUGUAUAAAGACACUAUUAUUGUCUUUCUACAUAGACCAGUUUUGACACCAGGUUAGAGAAAGCAGUGUUGUUCAGUGGGAAUGGGUGAGACUUCUGGAAAGAGAGAUUAAGAAAACCAAAGUUUUCGGUUUCAUGCACCCCAAACCUUUACAAACAUAGCUGAGACAGCUUCUGGCUCCCUGGCAAAAGUGUUGGGGUUAAGAUCAAAAGAGCCCACUUCCUUGUCAGGUAGGAUGACCAAGUAUGAAAAAUCGGGACGGGGUGGGGGGUAAUAGGCCCCUAUAUAAGACAAAGCCCCAAAUAUUGGGACUGUCCCUAUAAAAUCGGGACAUCUGGUCACCCUAGUGUCAGGGGAAGUGAAGAACCUGAUAUCUCCCUCCCCCUAUAUCCAAACAAGCCCCGAGCUCCCUCACACUUACCUUUUGCGGCCAUUCUGGGGGUACCAUCCUCAAACACCAUUACCUCUGUCAGCUUCAAGGGAUGGUUUCAUCUGCUGUCCAGGGGCAGCACUUAGAUCAAAGAGAGGGGCCUCUGGUGGUUGCCCAUCUCCAUUCAACAACAGUGAGCAGGAGAUAUUCCUGCAAGUCACUUGAAGCUGCAUGGAGUCCUGGGCUCAGGGAAGACCCUACUUGCAUUCUUGUUAGGCCUGCCCAGAGGUGAAAUUCAUCCUCUUGACUGAGGCCUGGAUAUGAUUUGUCCUUAAUCCUAUGCAGUAUGGGUGUGUCUGUCCUUUAGUGCUUAAAUGAACAGGGCAGCAGGGCUAGAAGUGCUCCCCAGUCUGCAGUUGGCUGACGAUAGAUAGGCCUCUGCCACAGGCCCUUCUCCUGCCCUUUGUGGAUUGAGGGGCAUUGGGAGUUUCUGCCAUUCCUGCUCCCACUCCCAAAUAGAAUAUGUGGGAGAGGGAAAGUACUGCUCCCAGAAGUGGCCACAGGGAGGAAGCAGUGGAGGGUUGGCCAAUGGAUCAUCCCAGAAGAGUAGGGUGGUCCCAGCCACUAUGAGGAGAAAGCUUUAUAGGGAAAAGGGGUAGGGAAAUCUUCUUCCUUUGGAGUCACAGAGGAAGGCAGCUGGAGGGAUUCCUCUCCCCACGUUCCCCACCCGUGGCCAAAGAAGGGUUCUUCCUUGAUGAACCAGGAGGGCUGGGGGACAAUCUACAUUUAUUCACAAACUAAGGGAGACUGAUAGGAAAGACCAUACAGACUCCAUCUCUCUGGUUUAGAUCCCACAUUCAGAAAAUGUGUAAUACAACACAGCAGUCUUUUACAUAAAUAACCUGCUGAAAUAUGUACUUGCUUGGAUUUAAUAAUACAUUUGUAAACAGAGCCAGAAUAGUGGGGUUUUCUGAUCCUUAUCCAUAUUUAUAUGACACACUGUAUUCAUUGCCCAUUCAGUUGUGUUACAAAGCUAGCAGUGUGUACUGAAAUACAAGUUUACCCAGUUGAUGGUCUACCCAGUCAAGUUAUAGCAAACACAUAUCAGAAUAUGGAUUUAACCAGGUAAAUACCUUCAUUUGAAAAAGCAGCUAAUACAUAUUUACCUGAUAAAACAACAUUUAUUUGGAGCUAUCAUUCAUAGCCUAUUGUGUAAGUAAGUGCUUAAAAACCUAAAUAUAUAGGCCAAAUUCAUCCUUAGUGUUGAUCCACUGAGGUCAAUGGAGUUACACCAGGGAUAAGUUUGGCUUAAUAUUUAUAUCCUCUGAAGAGCCCUUCUCUUCUUGGGACCAGCAAUUCGGGUUUCAACCUUCAUUCUGAAAUUCCUUGUUUUGUGAGUCUGUGUGAUAAUGUUCAUAUUGUAUCAAUGUAGUUUCUUGUCUGUCAGUUGAUAAAUUCUUAAAUGUUAAAUGUAAUAACUGAUACAAGUUCAGAAACAAUACCGUUGUCAUGGAAGAGCAGUGUAUGUCAGUCUUCCAUUUUUACAAUUUCCAUACAAUUAGAUGGCUUAGUUUAAAUUACUCGUUUGUAGUUAAAAGAAAACAAAGUCUGGUAAAGUACAAAGCUAAGUGAACACUCUGGCUAAUCAGAUUGAUUUUAUAUGAAAAAUGCACGUUUGCCUCUAGCAGUGAAUAUAAAAGACGUUGAAAAUUGUAGCUUUGGGUGUAAACCAAGAACCAGUAUAUGCCUUAGAUUAGAACAACAAAACAUUGCUCAAUGUCUCCUCAUUCUAGCAAUCAUGAAGGAUAAUCUUUGUGUCAUGGAAUUGAGCAAGUGCAAAAUUGACCCAAACCUCCUGCAUCCUUCCCUCCCACAAAAUGCCCUAGAUUUUGAAAAGCAAAAUCCACCAUAUCAGUGCUGGGGAGUAAACUUCAUAAUUAUUUUAAGUUUUGCUUUAAGUUUUGCUUUUCCAUCUUUUUUGCCAUUAUCUGCAUUCCUUAGAUUUAUUUUUCAUUGAUGUAAAAAGCCAUUUAUUUAAAAGCAAACGUUUUGAGUCUCAGUGAUGUUUUCACCAUCGAAUCAUGAAAUACCCUUUUGUUAUUUCUCUUCUUUAACACAUAACAUGUUCCUCCUUUGACCCUCAUUUUUCCCUUUUUUUCUCUCUCUCUCUCUCUCCCCUCCCUCUUACUUGUCUGUUCCUUUUGUCAACCAAUCUAACCCUGCCCUUUUGUGUUUGCUCUCCCCCUCCUUCCUUUCUGCCCCACUGACCCUUGCUUGACCCUCCCAACCUGUUUGUUCCUGUUCCUCUCUUCGUUUGCAGCUUAGAGAUGGCUAAAGUCAGCACCCAGACUGCUUCCGUCACGACCCCUGUUGACCUCAACAUGAACCUCUCUCAAUCUGCCACCCCUACCUCCACCCCCACCUCUAUGGCUGUCUUGGCGGCAGCAGCAGCUGCCUCCGCGGUUAACGUCAGUACCCCUCCCCCUUUACCAACUUUACCAACCACCCACUAUGCCGUUCCUGUCUCCAGUCUGCUUGGCAUGAAAACUGUCCCACUCCUGGCACUAAAUGCCGCGGCCGCUGCGGGGGCCACGGGGAGUUUAUCCGCUUACACUGCCAAAAUUCCAUCGACGAGUGGGGUUAAGAAAUCUGACCGCCAGAAGUUUGCUCCAUAUUGAAGGGAUGAGAAACAAAUGCAAGGUUUUUCGAGCUCUACCAAGAUUCUGUGGUAGAUAAUAGCUAUCAAGGAAACAAUAUGGCAUAUUUUUAUUUUCUGUUAAAUUGCUAGUGUUAACUGUCGACACCUCAAAUUGUCUUCCACUUUCCAUAACUAUUAACACGCGGGCACGCACACACCCACCCAAAAAAUAGCAACUAGUUCCAACAGCCUCCCCGAUUCUUUUAAACUCUAGUUGGUAACCAUACUUAGCUAAAGUUUGUCACACAGCUGGUGUGGUUCCCACAUCAUCUAGUAUGUUUAGCCUCACAUAGUUAUUAAUAAAGGGUCCAACACUAGGCUCAGAAUGGAGGCAGAUUUUCAUUCUGAGGCGUCACUGCUCUGACAACAAUAAUAGAGAGCUGCAGUCUCAAGUGGUGACACUAACAAAUGCUGCCUGGUCUAGCCAGCCUGGAGGAAAAGACACCUUCCCAGGCCUACGUUCUGUCCUCAUUUACACUUGAUGCAUGGGUGUCAGCAAGGACAGAAUUGGGGCCCUCAAAAAAGGAAAAAAAAGCCGAUACCUAAGACUAAAGCUUGUUUGACAAAUGUCUUUGGCAUUAGAAAUAGUUAAUAAUUACUGCCUAGCACGUCAGUAUUUAUAUCCAUUGGAAGGGAUCCCUUCAAUUGUGAGACUACUUCUCAGUUACUGUAUCCUUCAAAUUUGACAUUUGUCUUCAUGAACAUUUUGAUAGGCCCACAGCUAGAAAGCACCAUGCGGCUCUGAAAGGAAAUCCCCAUGCAUGCCUGACCUCUAGCGGUCAUUCUGCUAAACUUCACAAAGCAUUGAGACUUAUAUUAACCUGCUUGGCACUUGCAUCUUACUAGAUAAUGAAGCUAAAAAGAAUACCAAAUAUUGUUCUAAUACAUACAUGCAUUUAGUCAUGGAUCACCCAUGUGUAUGAAUCUUGCUGCACUGAGAAACUCUUAACAGAAUGGAAAGAUAGAG